UCUCGUAAAUAUUCAUCAUCAGUUUUGGGGAAGUCAGCAGUGAAACUGUCUUCGGAGAUGUUACGUUCCUGAUUAUUGGGAACGUUAUGCUCUUCAUUUACGUUCAGGUCAUGCUUGGUAAAUUCAACGGGGUGGAAAAGCGGCCGGUUUUAUCACUGCUGGGACUCCUAGCCACGUACCUGGCGGUGGGCGUGUCUUUUGGCCUGUGCUCUGCGGUGGGCUUGCCGUACAGCCCCGUGCACUCCAUCCUCCCUCUCCUGAUGCUCGGGCUCGGCGUCGAUGACAUGUUUGUGAUCGUGCAGAGCUGGCACAACCUCAAGCCUCAGGAAAGGAAGCUGAAACUCCAGACGAAAAUUGGUCGAGCGCUCCGUCACGCCGGCGUCGCCAUCACGGUCACCUCCUUGACGGACUUCGCCGCCUUCGCCAUCGGAGCCUCGACCGUUCUGCCGGCUCUCAGGUCAUUCUGCCUCUAUUCUGCAUUGGGAAUCGUUGCUUUGUAUGUGUUGCAAGCCACGUUCUUUGUUGCAUGGUUUACCCUUGAUCAGACUAGACUUGAAGAACAACGAGAUGGACUAAUCUGGUGUUACAAGUACAAAAACUGGACACCUAAUAAAUGUUCGAAGUAUGAUCUCUGCCAGAUGUUUUUUGACAAGAUCUAUGCCAAGUUUCUACUCAAGAAACCUGUUCAGGCCGCAGUGAUCAUUUCUACAGUGACCCUGGCCGGAGCGAGCAUCUGGGGCGUGACAAAUCUGCGACAGGAAUUCGAUCCUGUGUUAUUCAUCCCCCAGUCUUCGUACCUUUUUAAAUUCUUGAGUCGCAUUCUUCACUACUAUCCUGAGGCAGGAGAGAGAGGAACUCUGUACCUGGGGACUCUUAACUAUUCGCAGGAGCUUCCCAAGAUUGGCCAGCUGUCGACACAGAUGCAGGAAAAUGAGUACAUUUCCUUUGUAGAUUCUUGGUAUGACUUGAUGGUCACUUACACAAUGCAAGAUACUGGAAUAGAUAUAGGAGGAAAAGUCAUGAAUGAGACUUUUUUCAGAGAAAUAUUAUCAGCCUUCCUCUUCUCCCCGAGUGGGUCACGCUUCCAAACUUAUUUCCACUUUGAUGGCAACCUGACCAUAGGCAGACCAACACCUCAGCUCUUGGCUUGCAAGUUUGAUUAUAGCCAUAGGACACUAAAUGGUUCAACUGAGCAGAUUAUAGCCCUGGACCAGCUUAAGGAGUUGAUAAAUUAUCAAAAUUUUUCUGGCUUUGCUGGAGCAAUUGCCUUUAAUUAUGCAGGUUGGGAAACUGAUAAGAUUAUUGGCACAGAGUUAAUAAGAAAUAUUUCCCUUGCUAUGGUGGCGGUCUUCAUCAUGACGCUUCUCCUCCUUUCAAAUUUUGUUACAUCGCUAUAUGUUCUUCUUUGUGUUUCUUUGACACUUGUUGAUGUGAUGGCAUUAAUGUCUUGGUGGGAUCUAACAAUUGACAUCAUCUCUUGCAUAAACUUGGUCCUCUGUAUUGGACUUUGUGUUGAUUAUUCUGCUCAUAUAGGUUUGCAUUUUCUGCAGGUAAAAGGGACCAGAAAUGAAAGGGCCCACACAACGCUACAUGAAAUGGGGCCACCUGUAAUCAACGGAGCUUUCUCAACCUUCCUCUCCUUCGCCCUGCUUGCUUUCUCCGAUUCACACGUUUUCCUGUCAUUUUUCAAAAUCUUCUUUGGCACGUGUCUCUUUGGAGUGUUCCAUGGACUGACAUUUCUCCCUGUGCUCCUGAGUCUAAUUGGCCCAGCACCAUACAAUGACACAUUGAUUGCCAUGUCACAGGUAGAUGAGGCACACAAAUCAGAAGCUCAUAAUAAAUGCUCCAUAGAGGUGAAAGUUGAAGAGACCACAUAUGCUGUUGUAAGUAGUGAUUAGGAGUGGAUUUAAAUGCACUAGAGAUAUUACAGCAAUCAUUGAUUUUUGUUUGAAAUUAAAAAAGGUUAAGAGAUUUAGCUGUAAUAAUAAUAAAAAAAAAACUUUUAUUUCUAUUUUUAGAAAGUAAUGUCAUAAGUUAGUUUAUCUGUAAGUACCUGUCUUGAAAGUGCUAAGCUGGUUUGAAUAAAUUACUUUUUUUCACAAAUGCUUUUGAUAAUUUACAUCCAUACUUGCUUAACAUUGCAUAUACCUGCAAUCAUUUAUUCAAAGUACAUAUGCUUGUACAAGUUAUAAUUUCUCAUGAUCUAACGUCACAUUCUUUAAUUAAUGUGUGAUCAAAUAUUGUAAACUGCCCUAACAAAUGGAAUUUUUCUUGAGCUUGGUUACUGCUCUUAUAUUUUUUAAAAUUAUUUUGGAGAUUUUAAAAUUAACUCUAACUACUGCAAAUAAUAAUUAUGAAAGAAAGCUUAAAAUUCUGAAUAACAAGUGUGAUGUUUACUUAAGCUAAGUGGUGAGGCUUGACCUCAAGUAAAUAGAAAAGGUCUUAGGCUACAUUAUUUUGUGAAAUUAUACACAAAAAAGGAUAAUAAUUGCAGUUGUGAA